AGAGAAAAAAAAUCACAACAAACCCACGUGGAGGAUAAAGGAAGUGACGUUACGAUUAAACCGGAAAACGGUACAAACAACAGUUGGACGCCGUCGUUGGCACCUCGACACAGAUUUAUCGACAAGGGUCACAGUGAACAGAAUGGCCGCAGAGUGGUUGGGUAGUGUUGUGUCGAUAAACUGUGGGUGGACGUUGGGGAUUUAUCAGGGAGAGGUGUCAUCUGUAGAUCACGUCAGCCAGACCAUCUCACUGAGACAGCCCUUUCACAACGGAAUCAGAUGUCCUGUUCCUGAGGUUACUUUCAGUGCCAUGGAUAUCAAGGAGCUGAAGUUCCUAGAUAUCCAGAAUACAGUCGACAAGUCCAGCUCUGGUCAGGGAGCUGCUACAGAACCAAGCUUCACACCUCCAGGACGUCGUGGUCAGGGUGGCAGAACCAAUCAUCCACAUGCAGCAAGCAGCAGCUCUCAUGCCAGCACAACUCCAGUCACCAUCUUACACAGAGGUUCAUCUAACAGCAGAGGGGCGUCACAGGCCACAAAGAAAAAUAGUGUGAAGAAUGGAGGUGCUGGAGGUCCAUUGAGGCCAAAGGACGAUGAGUGCUUUGGGGACGAGACUGAUGAGGACCUGGACACGGACUUUGACUUUGAGGGAAACCUGGCUCUGUUCGACAAAGCUGCCGUCUUCUCCCAGAUUGAUGGGACCAACAGCCACAGCAACCGGGCACAGCAUCACAGCACAGCGGGCGAGCAGAAGUCCUUGUCUUAUCGCCAUGAUGAGAAUAUUCUGGAGGGGGAGCCCGUUGUGUACAGACAGAUAACAGUGCCCCAGCAUGGGGGCAAAGAGUACUGUACUGACUCGGGCCUGGUGGUUCCCAGCGUGCCCUAUGAGCUUCAUAAGCGUCUACUAGCAGCUGCAGAGUGCUGGGGCCUGUCUCUUGAGCGCAGACUGGAGACAAUAGGUGUCUGUUCCAGUCAGAUGGCUCUCACUCUGCUUGGUGGACCUAACAGACUCACCCCAAAAAAUGUCCACCAGAAGCCCACUGUGAUCCUUCUGUGUGGGCCACACAUCCAGGGAGCCCAGGGCAUUAGCUGUGGUAGACACUUGGCCAACCAUGAAGUGGAGGUCAUUCUGUUUCUGCCCAACUUUGUAAAAAUGCAGGAGCCGGUCACCAGUGAAGUCACUCUCUACAGCAGGACCAGCGGCAAGCAGGUGGCCAGCAUCAAAGACCUGCCAGAGAGCCCCAUUGAUUUGGUCAUCAACUGCCUGGACUGCCAUGAGAACCGACUGCUGAAGGAGCAGUCUUGGUACAAAUCAGCUGCUGACUGGGCCAACCAGAACCGGGCUCCAGUUCUGACUAUAGAUCCCACGGUCAGCGAGACGCAUCAGACUGUCGAGGCGAAGUGGACCCUCUCUUUGGGCCUUCCCCUACCUUUAGCUGAGGCGGAGAGCAGGGUCUACCUCUGUGACAUUGGCAUCCCAAAGCAGGUUUUCCAGGAAGUUGGAAUCCGCUACCAUUCGCCCUUUGGAUGUAAAUUUGUUAUUCCUCUGCACUCAGCAUAAUCGAGUGCCCACUGACAUUGCACUCAAGUUAAAAAUGAGCACUAGGAGGGAAUGCUAUGUUUUUCCACAGUGUGAACCAUUGUUUAUGCGGCUGAAGAACAACACAAUGACACUCAUGUUCUGUUACAAUCUUCAUGACACGUAUGAUUGCAUAUGGUUGUAGGUUUGUCCUCUUACCCGCUGGAAACUCCCUGAGUUUGGUACGUGUUGCGUGCGGCACGUCUUGUUUUUGAGAGGGGAAGCUUUCCUGUUCUUUGGUGUGUUUUGAUAAGGGCUCUGCGACGAUGUGAAUAUGUUUACAAAAUGCUGACCACUGUGAGUGUAUCUGUAACCUCUGACCCUGUGACCAUUCAGAGCACCAGAGACACAGUUCCUGUUUCCUCCUUUAAAUUACAUGUGGAGUCUGAUCCUGGCCCUGUGACCUGGAGCACAGUUGGGUCUAAAGCUGCCAGUCGAAAUCUGCCAUUCAUCUGCACCACUGUUAUAUGUCCAUAUUCUUUUCUUAUUGUUUACUUAAUCAAAUGGUUGUGCAUUGUCUUGUGUUGGUUGUAGCAUGUUACACUAAAAGGUGAAUCUAUAUAUGUAUUUAUAUUUAUUUUUGAAAUAUGUCUCAGGAAUACUGAACGGAAAACUUUAUAUUUGCAUUUACAUGACAUUUGAUAGCACUCUUUCUGCACUGUUGGAUGUUUUGACUUUAUAGCCACUGACACUGAAAAUAAGUGGUGGGUCUGCUACCACCCUGGAGGAUUAAUUUUCUGAAGUCUUGCAGAUUAGACAGGAAUUUGACAGCACACAUUCCAGGGACCAGAAACAUCUUGGAACAGGUUCAUCACAAGGGAUUAUACCUAGUUCUUGUAGGUGUAGUGAAACCUGACCAUUAAAACAUUUUUCCAUUUUGACACUUCAGAUUCAGCCACCUUCAGUGAAAUAAUCUUUCCAGUCAGCUUUCUCUAGUGAUCUUCUGUUAAAACCUCAGAUCAGCAAAAUGUCAACUUUACAAGAACAAAGAAAACAGCCUUAUUUUCAGACUGGCAGCUAUGCACUUUUGAAAUUGUGCAGGUUUUUAUAAGACCUCUUAAGUCCUUGAACUUGUCAUGAACUUUCUAUCCGAGUGCAAAUCAUACCAAACUUGCUGUAAAAACCUGCGGGUCAAAACAGGAGGGCUGAUUAGUUCUGGUUACAGCAAUGGUUGUGGCUGUUUUGCCAAAAAUAAUAAGAAAGAAUUUAGGAAUUUGUGGUGAACAAGAAAGUUAUUCAGGUGACAGCUGAGAAUUGUACCUGAUCUGAGAGCACACCUAAACCAGAAACUGUGUGGAUGCAGGUGUGCAAAGCGGUUGGAGGGGUGCAAAGUGUAUGAACCUUAACCUGUUGCUUUUACAAAGCUAAAUAAGAGAUCUGGAUAUUAACCACAAUAUAGAAACAUUAUGCAAGAAACGGUAGCUUUUGUUAUCAUGCAUCCCUACAGUUUCAGAUUUUAUUGGCAAUUGUGUAAAAAAAACCUGACAAAUGUCAGAUACAAUGAUUGGCCAGGAUCAUAAUUAGUCAACCCCUAAUAUACAGUAUUUACCUCUGUGUAAAUAUAUGUAUAAUUUACUUGUAUUUUUGAUCCUUUAUAUUAACUUGAUACUUAAGUACGUUUACACGCAAUACCAAAAAAGGUGAAUUUAUUGCUGAUGGAUUUGUAUCUCAAUUUUCAGGAGUUUAGUCAACUCUUAGACAGCCUCUGGAAACUUGUUUUGAAAUGUCUCUUUAAGUAUACAUGUAAAACUCCAGGAAAAGCAAUUGAAACAGCAAAAUAUCUCACUGAUAAAUAUCAGCAUGGAUUUUCUAAUUAAAUUCAGAUGAUGGGGUAACAAUGGUUGUUCCUCUAUAUGCAAAUGAAAUAAAAUAAAAUUGUGCAAACACUGCCUAAACAGUG